CCUCUCCCUCAGGUCUCUCGCGCCUCCAUCUCCCUCAGUUCUCUAACGAGCCACGCCUCCCUCUCCCUCAGCCUCACUCUGCGCCGCUCCCGCUCAGCCGUGCUUAGCGUCCAACGGAGCUCCCAUCACAAGAUCAAUUCCGACUCCCGGCUUCCCACCGAAUCAACCUCUCUCUCUGUCUCAGCCAUCGACCUCAGUGUUACAAAUAUCAGCCAUGGCUGAAGAAGCAGGUAUGUUUAUGGUUACCCAAACCAUCGGCAGUGUUUUGUGCUGCAAAUGUGGUAUUCCAAUGGCACCAAAUUCUGCCAAUAUGUGUGUCAAGUGUUUGCGCUCAGAAGUUGACAUCACAGAAGGUCUGCAGAAGAAUGUGAUCAUAAUUCAUUGCCCCGAGUGUGACACCUACUUGCAGCCACCAAGAACUUGGGUCAAAGCACAACUGGAAUCGAAGGAGCUUUUGACUUUCUGCGUGAAGAGGCUGAAGAAUUUGAAUAAAGUAAGAUUGGUGAAUGCGGAGUUCAUUUGGACCGAACCCCAUUCCAAAAGGAUCAAGGUCAAAUUGAAAAUUCAGAAAGAGGUUCUUAAUGGGGCAAUACUUGAACAAUCGUAUGUGGUCGAGUAUGUUCAGCAAGAACAUAUGUGUGAAUCCUGUUCGAGGGUUCAGGCCAAUCCAGAUCAAUGGGUUGCAGCCGUGCAACUGCGCCAGCAUGUUUCUCACAGGCGCACUUUCUUCUAUUUGGAGCAGCUGAUUCUGAAGCACGGUGCUGCUGCCGCUGCCAUAAAGAUUAAGCAGAUGGAUCAAGGGAUUGACUUCUUUUUCUCAAACCGGAGUCAUGGUGUGAAAUUUGGGGAGUUCGUUGGUAAGGUUGCUCCAGUGAAGAGUCGCCAUGACAAACAGCUUGUUUCCCAUGAUUCUAAGAGUAAUAACUAUAAUUACAAGUACACUUUCUCAGUCGAAAUCUGCCCAAUAUGUCGUGAGGAUUUGAUCUGUUUGCCUCCGAAAAUCGCUGCUAGUUUGGGAAAUCUAGGGCCUCUUGUGAUUUGCACUAAAGUGACCAGCAGCAUUGCUUUGUUGGAUCCGUUCACCUUAAGGCUUUGUUUCUUGGAUGCUGAUCAGUAUUGGAGGGCGUCAUUCAAGUCUCUACUCACUAGCAGGCAGCUAGUGGAGUAUAUAGUGUUAGAUGUGGAGAUUGUUUCUUCUGAAGUUAAUGUUGGUGGCUCCAAGUAUGUUUUAGCUGAUGCACAAGUGGCCCGUGUAUCGGAUUUUGGGAAAAAUGAUACAAUUUUCUCCAUAAGAACGCAUCUAGGCCAUCUUUUGAGCCCUGGGGAUUAUGCUCUUGGCUAUGACUUAUAUGGGGCUAACGGUAAUGACAGUGAACUAGAGAAGCAUAAGGGUCUGAUCCUUCCAGAUGCAAUUUUGAUAAAGAAGAGCUAUGAAGAGAAGCGCCAGAAGAAGCGUGGGAAACCACGUGCCUGGAAGCUUAAAUCCCUUGACAUGGAAGUUGAUGAUAGAGGUAGAGGUGAUCCGGAUAAGAUGAAUUCCGAGUAUGAACAGUUCUUGAAAGAUCUGGAGGAGAACCCUGAUAUGAGGUUCAAUAUAUCAUUGUACCGUAAUAGAGAAUACCAGCCAUCAGAGGUGACAUCUGUGGCUGACGGUGAUGAUUUACCUUCUAUUCCUGUGGAAGAGUUGCUUGCUGAUCUCGCUCUAAGCGAAGAGGAAGAUGAAGGUGAUGACAUGAGAGAGUGAUCACAAGCUUUUGCUCUUACACAUAAGCCUUUUUUGUUCUUCCCUUGCUAUUAAAGCUUUAAAGCAUUUGUUUUUGAGUGAUUGUUUAUGUUCUAAAGGCGGAAUAUGUACUUUAACAUAGUUUUGUUGAGUUAGUACUAUUAGCCUUGUUUAAGUUUGGAAAGCCUUGCUUAUUUUUUAUUUCAGUUGAAACUUUACCCUUCAA